AUGAAUAAGACCUUCAAUAUCAUCAGUCCCCAUUUCGCGGAAUUCACCAAAAACGACUUUGACAUUUGGUUCCAUGUGAAACUGGUUCCUGUCCUUGCAAGCUUCACUCCAGCAAUGCUCCAAAAUGCAACCACAAACAUCAACUGCACCAACUACCGUGUCAUUGUGAGUGGGAUGGCUAAAGUUUUCUCGGCAAUUCCAUCGGACAGACGAAAAGGAAUCACAGAUGUUCUGCUGCGCUACCUGAGAAAAUCUGGCAGUGUCAUCGACAAGCCAGUUUGCAGGCAGAACAAUGAGAGCGAUGGCCAAUGGGUUGAGGCAAAUCUGGGUCCAUUUGUCCAAUACACAGCAUACACUGACCUCAACGACUUCAACAUUUCUACAGCUGGAUUGUUGACAGCGCUCAGUCCUACUCAGGUGGCACAACUGAUACUGAACUCGGGAGCCCUGAAUACCACAGAUUUCAUUGAUCGUGUGUUUGAGCGACUGGAAAAGGGCAACGCUCUGAAAAAUGUGGAUGAAUUCCUGACACAGCUGACAGCCAAUGGACAGAGCCCAGAAUUCCAGCCUGUUGUGAGAGAUCGUGUAAUGAAUAAGACCUUCACUAUCAUCAGUCCUCAUUUCGCGGAAUUCACCAAAAACGACUUUGACAUUUGGUUCCAUGUGAAACUGGUUCCUGUCCUUGCAAGCUUCACUCCAGCAAUGCUCCAAAAUGCAACCACAAACAUCAACUGCACCAACUACCGUGUCAUUGUGAGUGGGAUGGCUAAAGUUUUCUCGGCAAUUCCAUCGGACAGACGACAAGGAAUCACAGAUGUUCUGCUGGGCUACCUGAGAAAAUCUGGCAGUGUCAUCGACAAGCCAGUUUGCAGGCAGAACAAUGAGAGCGAUGGCCAAUGGGUUGAGGCAAAUCUGGGUCCAUUUGUCCAAUACACAGCAUACACUGACCUCAACGACUUCAACAUUUCUACAGCUGGAUUGUUGUCAGCGCUCAGUCCUAAUCAGGUGGCACAGCUGAUAUUGUCUUCUGGAGCCUUGAAUGACACAGAUUUCAUUGAUCAUGUGUUUGAGCGACUGGACAAAGGCAACGCUCUGAAAAAUGUGGAUGAAUUCCUGACACAGCUGACAGCCAAUGGACAGAGCCCAGAAUUCCAGCCUGUUGUGAGAGAUCGUGUAAUGAAUAAGACCUUCACUAUCAUCAGUCCUCAUUUCAUGGAAUUCACCAAAAACGACUUUGACAUUUGGUUCCAUGUGAAACUGGUUCCUGUCCUUGCAAGCUUCACUCCAGCAAUGCUCCAAAAUGCAACCACAAACAUCAACUGCACCAACUACCGUGUCAUUGUGAGUGGGAUGGCUAAAGUUUUCUCGGCAAUUCCAUCGGACAGACGACAAGGAAUCACAGAUGUUCUGCUGGGCUACCUGAGAAAAUCUGGCAGUGUCAUCGACAAGCCAGUUUGCAGGCAGAACAAUGAGAGCGAUGGCCAAUGGGUUGAGGCAAAUCUGGGUCCAUUUGUCCAAUACACAGCAUACACUGACCUCAACGACUUCAACAUUUCUACAGCUGGAUUGUUGUCAGCGCUCAGUCCUAAUCAGGUGGCACAGCUGAUAUUGUCCUCUGGAGCCUUGAAUGACACAGAUUUCAUUGAUCGUGUGUUUGAGCGACUGGACAAAGGCAACGCUCUGAAAAAUGUGGAUGAAUUCCUGACACAGCUGACAGCCAAUGGACAGAGCCCAGAAUUCCAGCCUGUUGUGAGAGAUCGUGUAAUGAAUAAGACCUUCACUAUCAUCAGUCCUCAUUUCGCGGAAUUCACCAAAAACGACUUUGACAUUUGGUUCCAUGUGAAACUGGUUCCUGUCCUUGCAAGCUUCACUCCAGCAAUGCUCCAAAAUGCAACCACAAACAUCAACUGCACCAACUACCGUGUCAUUGUGAGUGGGAUGGCUAAAGUUUUCUCGGCAAUUCCAUCGGACAGACGACAAGGAAUCACAGAUGUUCUGCUGGGCUACCUGAGAAAAUCUGGCAGUGUCAUCGACAAGCCAGUUUGCAGGCAGAACAAUGAGAGCGAUGGCCAAUGGGUUGAGGCAAAUCUGGGUCCAUUUGUCCAAUACACAGCAUACACUGACCUCAACGACUUCAACAUUUCUACAGCUGGAUUGUUGUCAGCGCUCAGUCCUAAUCAGGUGGCACAGCUGAUAUUGUCCUCUGGAGCCUUGAAUGACACAGAUUUCAUUGAUCGUGUGUUUGAGCGACUGGACAAAGGCAACGCUCUGAAAAAUGUGGAUGAAUUCCUGACACAGCUGACAGCCAAUGGACAGAGCCCAGAAUUCCAGCCUGUUGUGAGAGAUCGUGUAAUGAAUAAGACCUUCACUAUCAUCAGUCCUCAUUUCAUGGAUUUCACCAAAAACGACUUUGACAUUUGGUUCCAUGUGAAACUGGUUCCUGUCCUUGCAAGCUUCACUCCAGCAAUGCUCCAAAAUGCAACCACAAACAUCAACUGCACCAACUACCGUGUCAUUGUGAGUGGGAUGGCUAAAGUUUUCUCGGCAAUUCCAUCGGACAGACGACAAGGAAUCACAGAUGUUCUGCUGGGCUACCUGAGAAAAUCUGGCAGUGUCAUCGACAAGCCAGUUUGCAGGCAGAACAAUGAGAGCGAUGGCCAAUGGGUUGAGGCAAAUCUGGGUCCAUUUGUCCAAUACACAGCAUACACUGACCUCAACGACUUCAACAUUUCUACAGCUGGAUUGUUGUCAGCGCUCAGUCCUAAUCAGGUGGCACAGCUGAUAUUGUCCUCUGGAGCCUUGAAUGACACAGAUUUCAUUGAUCGUGUGUUUGAGCGACUGGACAAAGGCAACGCUCUGAAAAAUGUGGAUGAAUUCCUGACACAGCUGACAGCCAAUGGACAGAGCCCAGAAUUCCAGCCUGUUGUGAGAGAUCGUGUAAUGAAUAAGACCUUCACUAUCAUCAGUCCCCAUUUCACGGAAUUCACCAAAAACGACUUUGACAUUUGGUUCCAUGUGAAACUGGUUCCUGUCCUUGCAAGCUUCACUCCAGCAAUGCUCCAAAAUGCAACCACAAACAUCAACUGCACCAACUACCGUGUCAUUGUGAGUGGGAUGGCUAAAGUUUUCUCGGCAAUUCCAUCGGACAGACGACAAGGAAUCACAGAUGUUCUGCUGGGCUACCUGAGAAAAUCUGGCAGUGUCAUCGACAAGCCAGUUUGCAGGCAGAACAAUGAGAGCGAUGGCCAAUGGGUUGAGGCAAAUCUGGGUCCAUUUGUCCAAUACACAGCAUACACUGACCUCAACGACUUCAACAUUUCUACAGCUGGAUUGUUGUCAGCGCUCAGUCCUAAUCAGGUGGCACAGCUGAUAUUGUCCUCUGGAGCCUUGAAUGACACAGAUUUCAUUGAUCGUGUGUUUGAGCGACUGGACAAAGGCAACGCUCUGAAAAAUGUGGAUGAAUUCCUGACACAGCUGACAGCCAAUGGACAGAGCCCAGAAUUCCAGCCUGUUGUGAGAGAUCGUGUAAUGAAUAAGACCUUCACUAUCAUCAGUCCUCAUUUCACGGAAUUCACCAAAAACGACUUUGACAUUUGGUUCCAUGUGAAACUGGUUCCUGUCCUUGCAAGCUUCACUCCAGCAAUGCUCCAAAAUGCAACCACAAACAUCAACUGCACCAACUACCGUGUCAUUGUGAGUGGGAUGGCUAAAGUUUUCUCGGCAAUUCCAUCGGACAGACGACAAGGAAUCACAGAUGUUCUGCUGGGCUACCUGAGAAAAUCUGGCAGUGUCAUCGACAAGCCAGUUUGCAGGCAGAACAAUGAGAGCGAUGGCCAAUGGGUUGAGGCAAAUCUGGGUCCAUUUGUCCAAUACACAGCAUACACUGACCUCAACGACUUCAACAUUUCUACAGCUGGAUUGUUGUCAGCGCUCAGUCCUAAUCAGGUGGCACAGCUGAUAUUGUCCUCUGGAGCCUUGAAUGACACAGAUUUCAUUGAUCGUGUGUUUGAGCGACUGGACAAAGGCAACGCUCUGAAAAAUGUGGAUGAAUUCCUGACACAGCUGACAGCCAAUGGACAGAGCCCAGAAUUCCAGCCUGUUGUGAGAGAUCGUGUAAUGAAUAAGACCUUCACUAUCAUCAGUCCUCAUUUCGCGGAAUUCACCAAAAACGACUUUGACAUUUGGUUCCAUGUGAAACUGGUUCCUGUCCUUGCAAGCUUCACUCCAGCAAUGCUCCAAAAUGCAACCACAAACAUCAACUGCACCAACUACCGUGUCAUUGUGAGUGGGAUGGCUAAAGUUUUCUCGGCAAUUCCAUCGGACAGACGACAAGGAAUCACAGAUGUUCUGCUGGGCUACCUGAGAAAAUCUGGCAGUGUCAUCGACAAGCCAGUUUGCAGGCAGAACAAUGAGAGCGAUGGCCAAUGGGUUGAGGCAAAUCUGGGUCCAUUUGUCCAAUACACAGCAUACACUGACCUCAACGACUUCAACAUUUCUACAGCUGGAUUGUUGUCAGCGCUCAGUCCUAAUCAGGUGGCACAGCUGAUAUUGUCCUCUGGAGCCUUGAAUGACACAGAUUUCAUUGAUCGUGUGUUUGAGCGACUGGACAAAGGCAACGCUCUGAAAAAUGUGGAUGAAUUCCUGACACAGCUGACAGCCAAUGGACAGAGCCCAGAAUUCCAGCCUGUUGUGAGAGAUCGUGUAAUGAAUAAGACCUUCACUAUCAUCAGUCCCCAUUUCACGGAAUUCACCAAAAACGACUUUGACAUUUGGUUCCAUGUGAAAAUGGUUCCUGUCCUUGCAAGCUUCACUCCAGCAAUGCUCCAAAAUGCAACCACAAACAUCAACUGCACCAACUACCGUGUCAUUGUGAGUGGGAUGGCUAAAGUUUUCUCGGCAAUUCCAUCGGACAGACGACAAGGAAUCACAGAUGUUCUGCUGGGCUACCUGAGAAAAUCUGGCAGUGUCAUCGACAAGCCAGUUUGCAGGCAGAACAAUGAGAGCGAUGGCCAAUGGGUUGAGGCAAAUCUGGGUCCAUUUGUCCAAUACACAGCAUACACUGACCUCAACGACUUCAACAUUUCUACAGCUGGAUUGUUGUCAGCGCUCAGUCCUAAUCAGGUGGCACAGCUGAUAUUGUCCUCUGGAGCCUUGAAUGACACAGAUUUCAUUGAUCGUGUGUUUGAGCGACUGGACAAAGGCAACGCUCUGAAAAAUGUGGAUGAAUUCCUGACACAGCUGACAGCCAAUGGACAGAGCCCAGAAUUCCAGCCUGUUGUGAGAGAUCGUGUAAUGAAUAAGACCUUCACUAUCAUCAGUCCCCAUUUCACGGAAUUCACCAAAAACGACUUUGACAUUUGGUUCCAUGUGAAACUGGUUCCUGUCCUUGCAAGCUUCACUCCAGCAAUGCUCCAAAAUGCAACCACAAACAUCAACUGCACCAACUACCGUGUCAUUGUGAGUGGGAUGGCUAAAGUUUUCUCGGCAAUUCCAUCGGACAGACGACAAGGAAUCACAGAUGUUCUGCUGGGCUACCUGAGAAAAUCUGGCAGUGUCAUCGACAAGCCAGUUUGCAGGCAGAACAAUGAGAGCGAUGGCCAAUGGGUUGAGGCAAAUCUGGGUCCAUUUGUCCAAUACACAGCAUACACUGACCUCAACGACUUCAACAUUUCUACAGCUGGAUUGUUGUCAGCGCUCAGUCCUAAUCAGGUGGCACAGCUGAUAUUGUCUUCUGGAGCCUUGAAUGACACAGAUUUCAUUGAUCGUGUGUUUGAGCGACUGGACAAAGGCAACGCUCUGAAAAAUGUGGAUGAAUUCCUGACACAGCUGACAGCCAAUGGACAGAGCCCAGAAUUCCAGCCUGUUGUGAGAGAUCGUGUAAUGAAUAAGACCUUCACUAUCAUCACAAUGCUCCAAAAUGCAACCACAAACAUCAACUGCACCAACUACCGUGUCAUUGUGAGUGGGAUGGCUAAAGUUUUCUCGGCAAUUCCAUCGGACAGACGACAAGGAAUCACAGAUGUUCUGCUGGGCUACCUGAGAAAAUCUGGCAGUGUCAUCGACAAGCCAGUUUGCAGGCAGAACAAUGAGAGCGAUGGCCAAUGGGUUGAGGCAAAUCUGGGUCCAUUUGUCCAAUACACAGCAUACACUGACCUCAACGACUUCAACAUUUCUACAGCUGGAUUGUUGUCAGCGCUCAGUCCUAAUCAGGUGGCACAGCUGAUAUUGUCCUCUGGAGCCUUGAAUGACACAGAUUUCAUUGAUCGUGUGUUUGAGCGACUGGACAAAGGCAAUGCUCUGAAAAAUGUGGAUGAAUUCCUGACACAGCUGACAGCCAAUGGACAGAGCCCAGAAUUCCAGCCUGUUGUGAGAGAUCGUGUAAUGAAUAAGACCUUCACUAUCAUCAGUCCCUAUUUCACGGAAUUCACCAAAAACGACUUUGACAUUUGGUUCCAUGUGAAACUGGUUCCUGUCCUUGCAAGCUUCACUCCAGCAAUGCUCCAAAAUGCAACCACAAACAUCAACUGCACCAACUACCGUGUCAUUGUGAGUGGGAUGGCUAAAGUUUUCUCGGCAAUUCCAUCGGACAGACGACAAGGAAUCACAGAUGUUCUGCUGGGCUACCUGAGAAAAUCUGGCAGUGUCAUCGACAAGCCAGUUUGCAGGCAGAACAAUGAGAGCGAUGGCCAAUGGGUUGAGGCAAAUCUGGGUCCAUUUGUCCAAUACACAGCAUACACUGACCUCAACGACUUCAACAUUUCUACAGCUGGAUUGUUGUCAGCGCUCAGUCCUAAUCAGGUGGCACAGCUGAUAUUGUCCUCUGGAGCCUUGAAUGACACAGAUUUCAUUGAUCGUGUGUUUGAGCGACUGGACAAAGGCAACGCUCUGAAAAAUGUGGAUGAAUUCCUGACACAGCUGACAGCCAAUGGACAGAGCCCAGAAUUCCAGCCUGUUGUGAGAGAUCGUGUAAUGAAUAAGACCUUCACUAUCAUCAGUCCCCAUUUCAGGGAAUUCACCAAAAACGACUUUGACAUUUGGUUCCAUGUGAAACUGGUUCCUGUCCUUGCAAGCUUCACUCCAGCAAUGCUCCAAAAUGCAACCACAAACAUCAACUGCACCAACUACCGUGUCAUUGUGAGUGGGAUGGCUAAAGUUUUCUCGGCAAUUCCAUCGGACAGACGACAAGGAAUCACAGAUGUUCUGCUGGGCUACCUGAGAAAAUCUGGCAGUGUCAUCGACAAGCCAGUUUGCAGGCAGAACAAUGAGAGCGAUGGCCAAUGGGUUGAGGCAAAUCUGGGUCCAUUUGUCCAAUACACAGCAUACACUGACCUCAACGACUUCAACAUUUCUACAGCUGGAUUGUUGUCAGCGCUCAGUCCUAAUCAGGUGGCACAGCUGAUAUUGUCCUCUGGAGCCUUGAAUGACACAGAUUUCAUUGAUCGUGUGUUUGAGCGACUGGACAAAGGCAACGCUCUGAAAAAUGUGGAUGAAUUCCUGACACAGCUGACAGCCAAUGGACAGAGCCCAGAAUUCCAGCCUGUUGUGAGAGAUCGUGUAAUGAAUAAGACCUUCACUAUCAUCAGUCCCUAUUUCACGGAAUUCACCAAAAACGACUUUGACAUUUGGUUCCAUGUGAAACUGGUUCCUGUCCUUGCAAGCUUCACUCCAGCAAUGCUCCAAAAUGCAACCACAAACAUCAACUGCACCAACUACCGUGUCAUUGUGAGUGGGAUGGCUAAAGUUUUCUCGGCAAUUCCAUCGGACAGACGACAAGGAAUCACAGAUGUUCUGCUGGGCUACCUGAGAAAAUCUGGCAGUGUCAUCGACAAGCCAGUUUGCAGGCAGAACAAUGAGAGCGAUGGCCAAUGGGUUGAGGCAAAUCUGGGUCCAUUUGUCCAAUACACAGCAUACACUGACCUCAACGACUUCAACAUUUCUACAGCUGGAUUGUUGUCAGCGCUCAGUCCUAAUCAGGUGGCACAGCUGAUAUUGUCCUCUGGAGCCUUGAAUGACACAGAUUUCAUUGAUCGUGUGUUUGAGCGACUGGACAAAGGCAACGCUCUGAAAAAUGUGGAUGAAUUCCUGACACAGCUGACAGCCAAUGGACAGAGCCCAGAAUUCCAGCCUGUUGUGAGAGAUCGUGUAAUGAAUAAGACCUUCACUAUCAUCAGUCCCUAUUUCACGGAAUUCACCAAAAACGACUUUGACAUUUGGUUCCAUGUGAAACUGGUUCCUGUCCUUGCAAGCUUCACUCCAGCAAUGCUCCAAAAUGCAACCACAAACAUCAACUGCACCAACUACCGUGUCAUUGUGAGUGGGAUGGCUAAAGUUUUCUCGGCAAUUCCAUCGGACAGACGACAAGGAAUCACAGAUGUUCUGCUGGGCUACCUGAGAAAAUCUGGCAGUGUCAUCGACAAGCCAGUUUGCAGGCAGAACAAUGAGAGCGAUGGCCAAUGGGUUGAGGCAAAUCUGGGUCCAUUUGUCCAAUACACAGCAUACACUGACCUCAACGACUUCAACAUUUCUACAGCUGGAUUGUUGUCAGCGCUCAGUCCUAAUCAGGUGGCACAGCUGAUAUUGUCCUCUGGAGCCUUGAAUGACACAGAUUUCAUUGAUCGUGUGUUUGAGCGACUGGACAAAGGCAACGCUCUGAAAAAUGUGGAUGAAUUCCUGACACAGCUGACAGCCAAUGGACAGAGCCCAGAAUUCCAGCCUGUUGUGAGAGAUCGUGUAAUGAAUAAGACCUUCAAUAUCAUCAGUCCCCAUUUCGCGGAAUUCACCAAAAACGACUUUGACAUUUGGUUCCAUGUGAAACUGGUUCCUGUCCUUGCAAGCUUCACUCCAGCAAUGCUCCAAAAUGCAACCACAAACAUCAACUGCACCAACUACCGUGUCAUUGUGAGUGGGAUGGCUAAAGUUUUCUCGGCAAUUCCAUCGGACAGACGACAAGGAAUCACAGAUGUUCUGCUGGGCUACCUGAGAAAAUCUGGCAGUGUCAUCGACAAGCCAGUUUGCAGGCAGAACAAUGAGAGCGAUGGCCAAUGGGUUGAGGCAAAUCUGGGUCCAUUUGUCCAAUACACAGCAUACGCUGACCUCAAGGACUUCAACAUUUCUACAGAGGCACUUUUGGACCAUCUCUCACCACAGCAGAAGGCUGAGCUGGUCCUGGAUCCAGACAGCAGAGCUUUAAAUGAUAAGCAACUCAUAAGGGAGGUGUUGACAAGCUUGACUAAGAACAGUGAUUACCAGAAGCUCAAACAGUUUUUUGAGACUUUUGCAAGCAUCAACAAACAGAAAAAUGUCACCCUCAUCAAGAAUCCAGUUGUGCGAGACACCAUCUUGAACCUGACCUUGACCGCCCUAGCUCCUCAGCUUAAUGGCUUUGAGCCAGGAGACUAUCAACUGUGGUUCCAAGUUUAUUUGGUUCCUGUGAUGGCGAGCAUCCUUCCUGGCAGCUUGCGAGUGAUCCCCAGUAACAUCACCUGUGAAUCCUAUGAGGCUGUGUUGCUCAGUACCAGCUUCCUUCGCGUGCAAGGUGACCCCAGUUCAUGUUCAAAACUUCAGCAAAUCCUGUCAGCUGACAAUUCCUCUGCAGCCCUGUGCAAUUUCACCAUCACAGAACAUGCCUGUUCCUCUGCUACGUAUCUCACAUCCAGCAACGUGGUCACACUGCUGAAUUGCUCACUGAAAAACCAAAUGAUAUACCCGGUAGAAGUCUGGAAGCUUUUCUUCCAAAAAGUUUCUGCUGUCCUGGACCAGGCUCUUGAGAUGUUUGCUACCAUGGCCCCCAACAACACCUACCCAACCUUGUCAAAUGCACUUGAGGCUCUUGGAGAGGUGACAAUUGCAAACUUCAACCAGACACAACUCCAGAGUGAGGAGUUCAUCACCAGCUGGUUCAAGACAAAGAUCCGUCCAUUUCUGGCCACGCCAUCCUUCAACUUCCUAUUUUGCCUUAGCUCCAACAACUUCAGCUGCCCAGCAUACCAGAUUAUGUAA